AUGGGUGGGGGGGCCAUAACCGCGCCUGCUGUCGCCGGCGUCAUCGCUGUUUGGCUAUCACAAGAUGAGCACAAAGCCCGCCUUCAGGUCCCGGGCCAGGUUGCUGCGAAUGUCAAGAAGAUGGUGCAGGAUCUGGCGUACCCCAGAUUCCAAGGCGGGCCGGCUGUGAUCUGGAACGGCAUUGACCCCCGUGGACUUGCCUGCUCGGCCAACGCCAAUGUCAAGCGCCAGGCCCAGGCCAUUGCCUCUUCCCUGCCAUCGGCCACGACUGCCACACCCGCACCCACCUCAGCCCCUCCACCGACUGUCUCGGCGCCGAGCACAGCGAAACCACCUCUGCCUCCCAAGCCUCAAUGGAGUGAAAAUCCGGCAGGCUUCACGAAAGCGUUUGAGAAAGAUGGUGUGGCUAGCGCGUAUUAUGAUGCCACUUCUGACAGCGCAAGUGAGGGCGUCACGGACAAUAUUGAACAAUGGUGCCUCGCCAAGUGCACAGGGUCCUGCGUCUCGUUGUUUUUGUACAGGGAGUUGCAACUCAUUAAUGACCAAUACAACAUUUACUUCAUCUGCAACCAGUACAACCAGAAGUGGUCAGACAACUUUGUCCAGAACGGUGUCAGCUCAGCGGAUUCCGCAGUUGUGUUUACUAAAUCAUGAUUGGCAAACGAUGCACAUGUUGAGUAAGGUGGUCUGAUAGUCAUGAUGGAGCCAUCUGUAUUAUUAUGUUGAAUGACGAAUUCUCUUGUUUAUCCGUUUAGUGAUACAUUCCCGCC